CCUCAAUUGACCCAAUACUGCCGCAUGUCAUCUAACAUGCUCCUCAUGCCGCAAAUGGCACACACCUCGUCUUUCUGGAGGUCCCUCCCUUUGUAUAUAUGAACUAACGACCUCCCACCUAAGUCCUGCAUCACCAACUCCGCUCUGAGAUACUCGCCAUUGUCUAGUUGAAACUCCACCCUGAUCCAUGCUCUAUAGUACAAUAGCAGCCUAGAAGCCACCGUAAGCCUAUCAUGACGAGUCAAGCUCAGGCUCCGGAGAAUGAGGCGACCACUGUUGAACCACUUGUCAUUGGGUCAACCGUCAAUGCAGCGCCUGUGAGAUCAGCCUGGACAGCUUGGAUGUAUGUCUUGGACUGGUAUCCGAACCAUUACUCGCGCGAGGAGAGAAAGAUGCUCAAAAAACUGGACUUCUUCCUCCUCUCGUUCUGCUCUAUCAUGUUCUUCUUGAAAUAUCUGGAUCAGUCCAAUAUCAAUAAUGCUUACGUUUCAGGGAUGAAAGAGGACCUGCAACUGAAUGGCAAUCAAUAUUCUCUAUUUAGCACUUUUUACAACGUUGGCUAUCUUGUUUUCCAAAUUCCUUCUAUGCUAAUUCUUUCCCGGCCUGGCUACGCACGCUGGUUUGUUCCGACUUGUGAAGUACUCUGGGGCAUUCUCACCUUUGGCCAAAGCAGACUGAGUGGAGCCUCAACAAUCUACGCGACAAGGUUUCUGCUCGGGGUUCUCGAGACUCCAGUUGCAUCCGGUUCUCUAUACAUUCUCUCCUCUUGGUACCGUCCCGACGAACUUUUCAAGCGAGCUGGCGUUUGGUAUGUUUCCAAUAACAUCGGAACCAUGUUUGGAGGUUAUCUUCAAGCUGCUGCAUACACCAACCUCAACGGUGUCGCUGGAAUGGCGGGAUGGAGAUGGCUAUUUAUCAUCGAUGGGGCUAUAACCGUUCCCAUUGCUCUUAUGGGAUACUUUAUGUUCCCUGGCCUGCCUUCAAGUGGUAAGCCAUACUGGUUGACUCCAGAACAACAUGCAAUCGCUAGGAAGAGAAUGGAAGAUGAGGGAGUCGAAGUGAGCAAGAAGUUCGAGAAAGCCACGGUUAAGGCUAUGCUUAAACGAACAUUAACUCACUGGCAUUUUUACGUCGCAGUCCUUUGUUACACCUUUUUCCUCUCCUCCCAGUAUCCGAACGGACAAAUGGCAAUCUGGCUUAAAGCCCAGGCUAGAGCAGGUUACAGCUGGACUAUCCCUCAAAUCAACACCAUCCCCACCGCCGUCUCGGCCGUAUCAGUUAUAUCCUGCUUAAUUGCAACAUCGCUAUGCAUGCUCUACCCUCUGUGGGCCAUAAUGAGUGUUAUUCAAGCUGUUACUAUGUUUGGAAUCGUCUGUUUGCUUGCUUGGUACAUUCCCGACUGGCUGAAAUUCAUUGCCUACUUUUGCACUGGCUUUACGGCUGCUGUUACGCCGAUUCUUGUUCCGUGGGUCAACAUCCUCAUGAAAGAUGAUGCUCAAGCACGUGCUUUGACUAGUGGCGCCAUGUUGACAUUUGGCUGGGCCAUUAAUGCUUUUUACCCCAUUGCUGUAUUCCCCAUCAUCGAAGGUCCUCAAUGGACGAAAGGAUAUGCGGUGGAAGUUGUUUUCGUCUUCAUGGUCUGGUUCCUCUUUAUGCUUGGGCAGUAUCUCCAACGAAGGGAGAUUCAGAAAGCAGAACUCACUCACCGGAUGGAUGACGAAGAGGCCAAGGCCGAUAUAGAUGUGCAGGUAGAGACUGAACGAUGAUGGACAUCUUGCAAGUUAGCCAUAAUAGUUAGUUUGUAAGCUAGGCAGCAAUUUUAUUUCUCA